AUGCUGAAGAAGCUGAUUUCGUGCACAGUGGAGGGGAAGGUGAAGGAGAGCUUCGCGAUCGUGAAGAAAUCGGAGGAUCCACUGGGGAAUUUCAGGCGGUCAAUGGUGGAUAUGAUCGUGGAGAAGCAGAUGUUAGAGAAGAAGGAUUUGGAGCAGCUGUUGGAGGGCAGCAAGAGAUCGAACAAGGAAGACGAAGUGAAUGCACGAUCUGGUUUUACUAUUAAACGCAGGCGGCUUUCCAAGCGAUGUGGUUGUAAAGCAAGUAUAUCAUUCAAGUUCUUUUCCGAAGCAGGAAUACCAGGAUAUAUUAUUCAGGAGUUCAACGAGGUUCACUACCAUUAUAUGGUGGAGUCAGAGCAUCAGCAGUUUAUGACACUUAAUCGGAAGUUAGAUGACGUACAUCACAAAUUCAUUCUUGACUAUUCAAAGGCUAAUAUAGGCCCCACACUUACCUUUAAGGUAUUGAAGGAAAUUCUCGGUGGGUUUGAACUUGUCCGUUGCAAUGUCGGGGAUAUCAGGAACACUUCGCGAGACAUCAAAGCAUACGCAAACAGUUGUGACGUGCAGAUGGUGUUGGAUGACAUGGCGAAGAAGAAGGAACCGUCCGAUGCGUUCACAUAUCACUACGAAGUUAAUGCUGCUAACCAGUUGGUUGCCCUCUUUUGGUGCGAUGGUUUGAUAAAGAGGAACUGGCAUAUGUUUGGUGAUAUAGUGGCGUUUGACUCCACCUACAACACAAACAGGUAUUGCAUGAUCUUCACACCUUUCACGGGUAAGGACAAUCAUGGGAAAUCUGUAACAUUCGCUGCCGGAUUGGUGUGCAAUGAGAAAACAGGGGCCUUUGGCUGGUUGUUCAAACAUUUCGUCGAAUGCAUGGGUGUAGCACCCAAAAUGAUUGUAACCGAUCAAGACUUGGGCAUGAGAUCAGCUAUUCAAGAGGUUCUUGUAGGCACUCAACACCGAUGGUGUAUGUGGCAUAUAAUGCACAAGUUGGCUUCCAAGGUUCCAGGCAGGUUGCUUAGGGACGAAGAUUUCAAGAAGGAAUUCAAUGCCUGCGAUUGGUCGGACUUGCUUGAACCCGACGAAUUUGAAGAGGAGUGUAAUGGAGUGAUUGAGCAUUACGAGCUGGAAGACCGGAACGCUAGAACAAAACUGGACUACAACGAUGCUACUGCCGUGCCCAUACUGGCCACUAAGUUGGCAUUCGAGAAACAUGCUGCGACGAUUUACACAGACAGUAUGUUCAGGAAAAUACAAGAAGAAAUUGUUGAUGGUAAUGACAGAUGUCGUGUACUUGGUUUUUCAUCAACAGAUAUGGUUGACACCUACAAGCUUGGGGAUAGCCGACGCAAUUCGUAUUCUGUGAGACACGACAAGACUGACGAUUCAUACUCUUACGACUGCAAAUUGUUCGGUAGGCAAGGAUAUUUGUGCUGCCACAUUUUUUUUCUGUUCAGGAACAAUGAAGUGAAAAAAAUUCCAGAGAAGUACUACGACAGCCGAUGGAUGAAGACUCCCUUAAGCAAGGUUGUACAUGGACUGUUUGGUGUCACCGUAGAUACAAGGUCCACCGUUGACGAUAGGCAGACUGUUUCAAAUAAAGGGAUAUCGUUUUUCUACGGUUUUCUUCGACGGAUUGAGACGGACAUUGACGUGCUUCGUGCAUUCGUAGGUGGUUUGGAAGAACUUGGUAAUGAAUAUGUACAUUACUCCACAGAAUGA